ACGGUUUCAGUUUCGAGGAAGAAUAGCUGCGCAAUCGAUUUUAGCGUCGGACACAAAGAAGUUUACAAGUUAACACUUGCUGCAUCAGUUCAAGGUUCGGAAUAGAGGAAACUCUUUUCAAUAAUUUCGAGUACCCGAAAUCUGAAUCAAAGGCGACCGAAAAGUGUUGUGUGAUGUGUGAAAAUCAUCUAUCACAGUUACCGAAGUGGGCGCAGAAGGAAAUGGCUUCAUUGAAGAGACAAAUAGAAGCCUGGAAGGAGCUUAGCCAAUCGGCCAUGUUUAUGGUCAAGGAAAAAGACAAGGAAAUAGCACGCCUUCAAGCGAACGGCGGUGCAAAGGAGACUUGCUCCUCAGCGCCCAUUGUGAAACCGGGACAACCGGGGCCGCCUGCAAAAGGAACCAGCGCCAUCGUUAAACCGAUGGAAAACACGAGUAAACAGGCCAAAAUAAUCGAAAAACUGUUGCAGAACUUACAGAAUCCCCUGGAGGAGGGUACCGUAGGGGAAAUCCUAUACGACUAUGCUAUGCGUGUGAACGAAAUCUUAACUUAUGCAAGGGACGACAAAGGCAACAUAGAUCCGUCGUACGAAAAAAAGCUCCUACCAAAAUUUGUUGCCAACUUACCAUACUUUGCUGAGGGCGAGUGGAAUGACCACGUUCGUAAGCUUCCGAAAGGUCCAUUGCUUGACGAGUUCGGUGGCUGGAUCCUGGAUGCCGCCGAAAAUGCACAUCGUUGGUUUUACUACAUCACACCAUGUAUGGUGUGUGGCAUCAACUCGCUUUGUCAAUCGCUGGAAGAGUGCGAAACCUUCGAGGAAAUGGACGUAAACGAUCGCUGGAAGGUGGUACGAAAGAAUAACCUUUGCCAGUGGUGCCUAGCUUCCCAUCAUGGACGGUGCUACGGCGUACCACGAUGCGGCGAGAACGGCUGUGCAGGGAAACAUCACUGGAUGCUGCACAACAACCGACGCUAAUGAUCGCAAAAUGUAUUGCUGCAGCUGAAGGAAUGCAGAAUAAUGUGCUUCAGAAUUUAAAUUCGAAUGUAAUAUUCAAGUACUUUUUCUUUUUCUUAUGCCAGGAAUUACUGCUACGAUGCACUCGCUUCUAUAUUACGUGCUUACAAUGCUUUCCCUACUAGCUUGAAUUCAAAAAGAAUAAUCUCAAUAAUAGUUUAUAUGAUUUUUCAAUGAACUAUCGAUCAUUUCGAUAAAAUGUUUUCAAAAUAUUUCUAAUGUUUCAAGCAUGCUUCGUAUGAUCUAAUAAAAAUCUACCACACUUCUUACUGGCAAA